GCGCACUGCCUGUCCCAGACCGCGAAGCGUGCGCACGUCGUGGAGCCCCCGCUCGCACCAUGGAGCUCAGACCGCUGCUCCUCUCCUUCCUCUUCGUGCCCUUGGCUCUCUGCUCCUCUGGACCAGCUCUGGACUGGAGCUCGCUGUACAGAGCUGGCAUCAGCAGCCAGGACCGCAGUCCGCGCAAAGCUGAGGUCUUCAUGGAGGCAAAGAAGUCAAAGAGAGACGUGAUCACCGUCUCUGACCGCGGUACGGCGCACCUGCCUGCAGACCAACCUGAAGAGAGCCCGGUGCCUGCCAAGGACGACACAGAGCUGCCCACCUGCCUGCUGUGCGUUUGCCUCACUGGCUCGGUCUACUGCGAAGAGGUCGUUCCCGACAUGACGUCUGUGCCGCCUCUUCCCAAGGAGACAGCCUACUUAUACGCUCGCUACAACAAGAUCGCAAAGAUCACAAAUAAAGACUUCGCAGACAUCCUCACCUUGAAGAGGAUCGACCUGACUGGAAAUGUGAUCUCUGAGAUCGAAGAUGGUGCAUUCUCAAAGCUCACCAUGCUGGAGGAACUGUCGCUGGCUGAAAACAAGCUGCUCAAAUUGCCCAUUUUACCGACCAAACUAACCUCCUUCAAUGCCAACCAUAACCGUCUCCGGACCAAAGGUGUGAAGGCCAACGCCUUUAAGCGGCUCACCAGGCUGGCUUACCUGUACCUGGCUGACAAUCAGCUGGAGGCCGUCCCACAGAUUCCCGAGAGCGUUCGCAUCUUACACCUGCAGAACAACAACAUCACGGCAAUAACCGACGAGACCUUCUGCAAGGGAAACAGCACGCGUUACCUCCGCACCAGCAUGGACGAAAUCCGCAUGGAUGGCAACCCUGUGGUUCUGGCCCAUUAUCCCAACAGCUUUGUGUGCCUGCGGUCGCUGCCUGUCGGACGAUACUACUGA